AUGAGCGACAAAGAGGUUGUGGUAUUGGAAGCUGAAAGCUGGGAUGAAUGGGUCCCAGAUAUUGUGACGGAAAUUUUCAAUGCUUCGAUGGAUAAUAACGGAUUUCAAGGUGUUGCGUAUUCCUCUGCGCCCGAAUGGCUUCCGCCAAAAACUAUCCAACGUUGGCCAGGAAAGCUACCGGGAGAACUAGCGAACAAAGUGCCAACCUGCAUCGAAUAUGACUCCGAGUUCAAGUCGGUCAUAAAUUGGGGGUUCAAGUGUGAUCCUGAAGACAAAAGCUCGAACAUCAAGGAGUUUUUCAAGCUACAUCUCGCGCCUCAGUAUCAAGAUGAGUACCCCGAAGCUCCCAGUCGUCAUGACGCUCAGCGUUGGUUUCAAGACUAUAUUCAAUGCAUCUAUCAGCAUGUGGUCUCUCAUUUCAACAGCUCCAUUCCUCAAUUUGCCUCGCGUAAUGUUGAGUUUCUUUUCAGUGUCCCCACCACCUGGAAAGAUGUUAGAAUGGUUGAGGAAACACGAAGACUUCUCGAGCGCGCGAUUAAUGCGAAGACAUCCAAUCAUCGAGCGUCUAUCGGUCUCACUGAAGCGGAAGCAGCUGCAGUGUAUGCUGGAAAUGAGCAUUACCACGUGGACGAUACUAUUCUUGUCUGUGAUGCUGGUGGAGGGACUACGGAUGUCAAUGUUCUCAAACUCAUUUCAUCUAGGGGCGAGCCAACGCGCCUCGAACAAUUAGGCCACGUCGAAGGGCAGCCGAUUGGGUCAGUCUUCAUUGACCGAAAGAUCCAUCAACUUAUAUGCGAAAGGCUCGAGAAGGUCAAAGAGCAUAUAAAGAUUUCACCAAGUGAGGCAGCGUGGAAGAUGACUUCCGGUCGCUUUCAAAGACUUAAAUGUGCAUUCGGUACAGAAGCUACAUUGACACCAUGGUUGAAACUUGAUGUUCCCUUCCUAGACCCCAAUAUGGAUCUUCCCGAAGCGGAGAUAUCCAAUGGGCAGAUGCGUAUUGCAUGGGACUAUGUCAAACACUGCUUUGAUGUGAAGGCGGAUGAAAUUUGCGAUCUCCUGGAUGGGCACAUUAACCAGAUGCAUACCAAGUACCCCUAUGACCAAAUAGCAUACCUCAUCCUAUCAGGCGGAUUUGGUAGCUCCCCAUAUGUGCGAAAGUGCCUUCUAGAAAGAUAUAGUGGACCCAGUGGACAUAUCCAUCCCAACGCGGAGGGGAUGCAGGUUCUGCUUGCAGAUGAGCCACAGCUUGUAGUUGUCCACGGUUUGGUCCUCGAUCGGAUCCAACAAAUCAAACGCGGAGUUGUCACCUUCGGAUCACGAUGUUCCCCUGUGAGCUAUGGUAUCAUCUGUGAUAAGAUAUACGAUCCGGAGAAUCAUGUCGGCCAAUUGGUUCGACUUGAUCCUCGAGAUAAUAAGACUUUUGCUGUUGAUCAAGUGGACUGGCUAGUCAUCCAGGGCAACCCAAUUCCCUAUACCGGUGUCAGAAAGGAAUUCCAAUUGAAAAUGGACCCGGGUCGAGAGAACGGACCGUGGAAGGUGCAGAUCGUUAUGUCGACACUUCCACCAGACAGACUUCCCCGAAAUAUGAGCCAAAGCGGUGUCUAUCUUGUCUGCAGCCUCGAUAUUGCCACCGAUAAUGUGGAUAAGAAGCUGAAAAACAGACACUGGUACAGCAGGAAGCCAACAUUUUGGAGAACUACCUUUGAUGUCAAGGUCGUCGUAGGACCUGCGGAUCUCUCGUUCCAGCUGUGGUCCAAGGACAGGAGAAUACGAAGUAACAAGCAUGAGCCUAUUGCGGUGAAAUGGAUGCCUUCUAGGGACUUCGAGGAGGAACCUGGUGUUGGAGUUUCGUAA